UAUUUUUAAUUAACAAUGUCGUUGCGAAUAGCUUCAACCACGAUUAGGAUGAUUCACCUGAGACCCAGAUUCCUCGCGUAUUGGAGCAAUCUCAGCAUCAAAUCUGCUUCAAGAAACUUCCAUUUCCCUCAUUCAAACCCUUCUUCGAUUCAUCUCUCUCUCCCUCAUCCUCCCCCUCGCUCUCUCUCUGCAAUGACAACUCCUCAACCUUCCUCCGACUCCAAAACGGAGAGAGUGGUGAUAAAGGGGAGGGUACAAGGGGUGUGGUACAGGAACUGGACGGUGGAUAAUGCGACGGAGCUAGGGCUGAAGGGGUGGGUCCGGAACCGGAAAGAUGGGUCAGUGGAGGCUCUGUUCUCGGGGAAGCCUGAUGCGGUGAAGGAAAUGGAGCAGCGGUGUCGGCGUGGACCGCCGGAUGCCGUCGUCACGGGCCUUGAGGUUUUCCCCUCUGAUGAUGACCCUGGGACUGGAUUCCAGCGGAAACAAACUGUUUGAUCAAAUGCUUGAAUCGUGCCUGCGCUUGGUUACUACAUUAUAGGUGUGUUUUGAUCUUGUUUUUGAUGUAGCUAGUUGAUGAUUCUACAGAAUUACAUGUAAUAUUUCACUAGGAAAUCAAUGAUUUUCAAAUUGUAUUGCUUUUCUUUUUACAAGAUGAUUGGAUUGGAUAUGUGAGGCUGCAGAUUGCAUUGGUUCCUUAGCAGCACAAGUAGUGUAGUGUAUGUGUUCAAAAGAGUGUGUGUGUGUUGCAUAUGAGAAACUUUGUAAUGUUAUUACAGUUGAGCCGGACUCAAUCUGCUUGGCUAUGAGAUGGAUGAGAUAAAAGUGGCUUAUAAUCGUCUCGACUGGCCAUCAUGAAGUGUACUUGACUGUGGAUCCUUUACUUGGACGUUACUUUGCUUGAUAGGCUUUUGUGGCCGACCAGAACAAGAGCCUCCAACUUGGAAUCUAAUGUACAUGGGCCGACUGGAACAUGAGCCUCAAGUUUUAACAAGUUUACUUCAUAUGAAAUGUACUAGAAGCUACACAAACAUUCAAAGGUAAAAACAAUUUUUUAAGGUGCUUACUUUGAACUAGUGUCUGGCCGAGAUGCAAUUCAUCUAUUCUUAAUCA